UUUUUUUUUUGGCACCACCCAGUGUGAGAGGGAUAAAAGGAGGCUAGGACAGAAAGACAGUUACACUCCUGUGAUCUGCAUCUCUAGGUCUGCUGUAACCAGCUGCUCUACUUCCAAAAAUGUCUUACUCCAUGCGUCAGACCAGCUAUGCAAGCUCCUCCAGAGGGCUUGGAAGUGGUAUUGGUGGUGGAUCUCAAAGGUUUUCCAUCAAAGCCCCAAGUGUCCAUGGUGGUUAUGGAGGACAAGGGGUCUCUGUGUCAUCUGCCCGGUUAGUUUCCUCCGGUUUUGGAGGACUUGGAGGUGGCAGUGGUUACAGCAGUGGGUUUGGGUCUGGUGGUGGCUAUGGUGGCUCAUACAGUGUUAGCGUGUCGGGGGAUGCCUUGCUUUCUGGAAAUGAGAAGCAGACCAUGCAGAACCUGAAUGACCGUCUGGCCUCGUACCUGGACAAGGUGCGUUCAUUGGAGACCGCAAACUCAGAUCUGGAGGUGAAGAUCCGGGAGUGGUAUGAAAAGCAAGGACCUAGCCCAACACGUGACUACGGCCAGUACUUGAAGACCAUCGAUGACCUCAGGGACAAGGUGAGUUUGGACACUUGCUAUUUGUUUAAAUAACAUCUCCCUAUAAAAAAUACAGCUAAUCAUGGAUGCUAAAACUAACACUCAAAUUGCCAUUUUAUUUCUGAGGAACCCCAAAAUCUAAGUUACAGGAUAUACGUUUUGCCAAAAUGUUAAUUUUAAUGUGCCAAUGUGUUGAGGAACUACAGCUAAUUUUUCUUUAUUUUUGCAUCUUGGAUAGCUAGACCAAAUAAUUUGUAGUUCUAUUAUAAGUUUUUAAAACUUAUAAUUUAAUGAAUUUUAUUUGCCUCUUAGGAUUCUGGUUUUCAUCCGCAGAAGAGGUUAGUUCCCCUAUAUAGAAAGGUUGUCCAAUUCCAGUUCUCCAGAUGUUGUUGAGAGUACAACUCCCAUAAUUCCCUGCCCCUCUAUUGCACUCAGAGAAUUUGGGGAGAUGUAGUCUAUCAAUAUCUGCGGUUGGAGUGGAAUUUGACAACAUUGCCAUUAGAGCGAUCUAUUUAGUAUUUUAUUCCAAGUCAAUUAUGUAGUAUUAGCUGAUGCAAAGUACCAUAAAUGCCCCAGGCACAAUAUACCUUUCCAUUUUGUAGAUCUGAUCUGUUUGAGUGACUCACUAUAAUUGUACACAGCAUUGCAUGAGCUGAUCUUUAGACUUCUUUAUCUCACUAAAUCAGAUAUAUAUAUUUCACAAAGUCAUCAUAUUCUGUAGCUGGCAUGGGUUCCUAUAAGGACAGUUCAGAUUAACCCAUUGAAUACCAGGGAGCCAACAAGAUGUGUCUCACCAUAUACAGAAAGUUAAUAAUCUGUUCAAUCUCUAGUUUAGUUUAAAAACAACAAACAAUUGUCUGUUGCCUAUAGAUAUUUAGUGGUGAAACUAAAAUGGAUAGGCAAUGCCCUGCCUGUAGUUUUAUGUCUCCUCAAUUUUUUUGUGUUUAUUUUAUAAUUUAUAAAAUUUAAGUGAAUUGCAAAAAAAAAAGCAAAGUUUUAAGCCCACAUAACAGAGUUAGAAAAUGUUUCCACAAAUUCUACUUUGACCUAAGAUAUGCAAUUCAUUGAUCAAUUCCCCAUACAUGGUUAUGUGUUUACCAUCUAUUCUGGGAAGUCGUUCCAUGCAUUCACAACCCUUUCAGCCAUCUGUAUAUUUUGCUGAUUGCACUGCUAUGACUGGGAUUGGCAAUGAGAGCUCAUGUUUCAGGACACCUGCACAGCAAAUGGAUUUAGAAUGUAGUAAGAAGCCAAAGCAAUUCUACGUUUUUCUUUAUAAAAGCUUUAUGUUUUCAAUUAAAGUUAUAGUAAAGUUAUUCUCAGUAUGUCCCUGUCAGGCUUUUAUGUCAACAUAAUAACAUGCAUUUCUCAUUGUUUUGAAACCCAGAGACUCUUAAAGGGACACUUCAAGCACCAUAACCUCUCUGUUGUGCUUAUGGUGCCUGGAGUGGUGUUUCCACAAUAUAAAUAGUUUCACAACGGUUUGACUUAUAACUUUGGUUUACCGAGUGCCACUCCCUGCCUCCACUAUAACUACAGCAGGGCAGGAAGCUUCUACUUAGUUGAGCUAAGCCCUUUAAUGCUGAGUGUCUGCGGAGUGUUUCUCAAACAAUGAGCUAUGCCCUGCACCACCGAAUUUAUCUCAGAGAGCAUCCAACUCUCUUUGUAAAGUAGUGGACACAGGGAGCUGCACCCGGCAGUACCCAAGUAGGAAAUUAAACCAUUCUAAAAUAUUUACAUUAGGGGGCUGGACACUUCUGACACCAUAACCGCAUUGCAGUGGUUAUGGUGUUUAGAGUGUUUCUUUAAAUGCGCCAUCCAGUGAUCAACUUAAUACAACUUACUGUAUAUUGGAUAAAACCUAAGGCUAGAACAGUAACACCAGUAUUGUCUGUAUAAAUGUCACAGUAUUAAAAUAAAAUCAAAAAAUCUCAGGAGUCAGGUUUGUACUGUGCGACCAAUCUCUGAGGCAGAAAAUGGCGGCUUUGGACCCUCAGCUGCCAGAAAACUGUGGUUCCCAUGAAUCCCACCUUGUCCAAAAUACUGCAAGUAACUGUCACAGGUCAGUGGAGGGCAUAGUUCACACAACAGAUAGAAAUUCACAUUGGAUUACUCCUACUCCAAAAGAGAUUCAUAAUACAGAUGACAUUUGCCUUUAUAGACAUCAUAAAUAAUUCUACCAUUUACAGUGGUAUUAUAGGAUUGUUUUUAUUGCCGCGGAGUGAACCUCUACUCAGUUUCAAAAUACAUAAAUAAAAAACAGUUGCUAGGUGUGACUUCAUGUAAAUAUUAAACCGUCCUUUAAUUGUUAUAUUAAAUAGAGGUAGUAAAACCAUGCUGUAUUUACAUAACACUCGAUGUGCAGGCUUGAUGGUCAUGGGAAGGCCUCAAACCUCUCACUUUAUUGCUUGUUAAAUGUGACAUCUUUCUGCCACAUUUAGAUCCUUGCAGCCACUAUCGAUAAUGCCAAGGUCGUCCUGCAAGUAGAUAAUGCCAGACUGGCCGCCGAUGACUUCAGAACAAAGUAAGUAGCACAUUUCUCAUUUGUAUGAAAUGGCAUAUAGGGUCAUUCACUAAGAUGAGAAUAGUUGGGAAUGCAAAGAGCCCAAAUUUAAUACCAAAAUAGCCAAACUAGAACACUUCUUUAGGUCUGCUUUACUACCGGUUUGGGCUUUAAUUUAAAAAUUCACUUUGAAUUUCCAACACUAAAUAUUAUAAUUUAAAAACAUUUUUUUUGCAUCUACUGCCCUUUUAUGAGGGUUCUGUGACAAAAUUUAGACAAUAUACUUCUCAGUUGAGUCUACAUUUUUGGGCAUGGUGUGUUGCGGCAUGUGCAAAGUUCUCUGUCUAUAUCCUGGCUGUGAGAACUUUAGUACAGUAUAUCUCAAUGUCAACAGAGCCCCGUUGGUAAAUGUCCAAGUUAUACCUGACUAAACUGCAGGUGUUCAGUGGCAGAACAUAGACUGCUCUGUAUCCUCUACGGAACUGUGUGCUUUGGCUAGUCACUAGCAUCCAUUGUGUGCUUGUGUUUUGGCAAGCAUCCCGGGACAAAGAUGAAUUAACUCUUUUUUUUUUUUUAUAACUGUGCUUCUGGUCAGCCACAAACAUGGGCGUUAGAAGUAGGAGGGGUUGGGUGGGGGAUUCCUCCAUGAUAGUUUCAUGUGUAAGGGUGUAGAUCUGUAUAAUAUGCAGCAAGUUAAAUUACCCAGAUGACAUACAGUUAGAGGAUUUAAGGAGAUCCUCAUACCGAGGUGGAGACAUGGGUUGUCUGGAGAGAUCUGAAAUCUAGACAGACCAGCAACAGUGAAGGUUGCAUGCCCCACGCGUGGCAUGGAGGGCCCUCUUACAUUUGUAGUUUCUGUAACUGGGCUGAGCAGGAUGUCUUGUGGCCCUUUGCUCCCUCUUCAGGGCUGUCUCAGUAGACUCUGUGCAAACUAUAGUUACACUGACACUACAUACAUAGACCGUUGUAUUUACAGACACUACCACUAAUCAAGCCUUUGCCUUAACAAACACAUAGAUGUCAAACAUGAACCAACUAGUUUUAACAGAAAUAAACAGAAAUACAGUCCAGUUUUCACACAUACAAAAACCUCCAAGCAUUCACACACUUGAAAUUUACUAAAGUUUUUACAUACAUUAACACAGAGCAGCAUUACACACAAAUACAAACAUUCACACUGAUUCUACACACACAUAUGGACAAAUGGGCCUACAUAUACAUGUCUUCACUCUGUGUAUUCACUUACAAGUAUUCACUAAAUUGAGAAUUAUGAAAUAUUAAAUUGGGUGUUUGGAAGUGCUGGAAAAGAGCCCAGCCAGAGACAUUUUACAAUUUGAAUAGUUUGGAAUUAAAUUUAACAUUCUGUUGUCAAUUCACCACAAUUCUUUGUUUUGUGGAUUGUGUAUUGUGUAUUUGGCAUACACAUGGUCUAUAUGGUAGUUUGUGUUUUUGCUUAUUCAAAUCUAUAUGGUUUGAUGUAUGUGAAAUGUGUUAUUUUUGCAAAAUAUGUGGUCUGAGAAUUUUAGUAAUUUCCUACCCUCCAUAUAUUUUUUUGGGUUCCUACAAUCAUCAUAAUAGCUCUUUGAUUUCUAGUUGAUCUACAACGUUCAUCAUCCUCAGCAUGUCACUGCAGCAAAAAUAAAGCAAAAUAAUAUGUUAUUGUAAUAAUUGCAAAUAAUUACGAUGGUUUUGCUUCUUCAUCAAGGUUUGAGAAUGAACUUGCUCUUCGCCAGAGUGUGGAAGCUGACAUUAAUGGUUUACGUAGAGUGCUGGAUGAGCUGACCUUGGCCAGAACUGACUUGGAACUCCAGAUUGAGAACUUGAAGGAGGAACUUGCAUACCUGAAGAAAAACCAUGAAGAGGUAAGAUCUGAAACAGAAUCGAUCAAAUCUUAACCUGCAUACAAAUAAUCAUAAGAUAAUUGUAUUGUGCUAAAAGUAUGCUUAGAUGCAGGUUACAGGUUCAAUUGUAAAAUUGUCUUAAUUGUGAAAUCAUUCUUACCUCCUCUUUCCAUACAGGAACUGAACGCUUUACGUGGACAAACUGGUGGACAAGUUAGUGUUGAAGUAGAUGCUGCACCAUCAGUGGACCUGACCAAGAUUCUAACCGAAAUGAGAGACCAGUAUGAGGUUAUGGCUGAGAAGAACCGUAAAGAUGCUGAGACUUGGUUCCUCACUAAGGUUAGUUUAAUGGAUUUAUUAGUUUAUAAAAUGAGUUGGUUAAUCCAAGCCACUGUUCUACAUACUGUGCAAUGCUACUACUUCCUUAUCAUAAUUCACUAAAAUAUAUAUUUUUAAUGAUUUAACUCUUUUAUGUCCACAGUCAGAGGAACUAAACAAGGAAGUCGUAAUACACACGGAACAGAUACAAACAAGCAAGACAGAAAUAACAAAUCUAAGACGAACACUUCAGGGACUUGAAAUCGAACUUCAGUCUCAACUUAGCAUGGUUGGUAUCUGUUGACUUGUCUUGGUAGAUGGGCGCAGUAGGAUAAACAUAAGGAUAAAUGUACUAACCAAGUGGUACUUUAUUGACAUACUGUUAUAUCAAUUGUGAAGUGAAGCCUCUCCACUUGCUGUUUCUUUAGUAAACCGUGGGCUCAUGGUAAAGAUCCUGGUAGGUUCUGCCCUUUACAAAAGACAGGAGCUUAUAAUAUUUAUUUCCAUGUAGUGAUACAAAGAUAUGAUCUGACAUUAGUUUAUUGCCCAUUAAGUGACCAGGUCAAAGCAUAAAAUAGUAAAAAAAAAAAAAAAAAAGAUAUGUGAGUAGAUUCAGUUGACGAAUGUAGUAAAGAUAUAGUGAAGUAGCAAAUAACUGAAAUAGGUAGUACGUUGUUUAGAGGUUAUAGCAUGAAAUAUUAUUGUUGAUAUAAUUCACAAGGAUGUAGUUCAGCUCAUGAUGCACAGAUUGGUACAAUAAAUUGACUAAACAAUAUGAAGGCAAAGUAUGCCCUAAACAUUUAGAUUGGGGUGACAACUUGGCACUUACCCAUUAGCCAUUAUCAAGUAAAAAUUCAGUCAUGGGGAGGAGAAAUUAAUCUCAAGUGAGACUGCCAUUGACCCUCCAAGCUUGUAGUGAUGAGUAAUGUCUUGGCCUGGCUAGCAAAGUCGAGUAAUGUGUAGUGAUGAGUAAUGUCAUGGCCUGGAUAGUAAUGUAGAGUAAUUUCUUGGCCUGGCUAGUAAUGUCAAGUAAUGUAUAGUGAUGAGUAAUGUCUUGCCUGGCUAGUAAUGUAGAGUAAUGUCUUGGCCUGGCUAGCGAAGUCGAGUAAUGUGUAGUGAUGAGUAAUGUCUUGGCCUGGAUAGUAAUGUAGAGUAAUUUCUUGGCCUGACUAGUAAUGUCGAGUAAUGUAUAGUGAUGAGUAAUGUCUUGGCCUGGCUAGUAAUGUCGAGUAAUAUGUAGUGACGAGUAAUGUCUUCGCCUGGCUAGAAAUGGCGAGAAAUGUGUAGCGGAAAGUAAUGUUUUGACCUGGAUCAUAAUGUAGAGCAAUUUCUUGGCCUGGCUAGUAAUGUCGAGUAAUGUGUAGUGAUGAAUAAUGUCUUUUCCUGGCUGGUAAUGACGAGUAAUGUAUUGGCCUGCCUAGUAAUGUUGAGUAAUGUGUAGUGAUGAGUAAUGUCUUGACCUGGCUAGUAAUGUAUAGUAAUUUCUUGGCCUGGCUAGUAAUAUCAAGUAAUGUCUUGACCUGGCUAGUAAUGUUGAGUAAUGUGUAGUGACGAGUAAUGUCCUGACCUGGCUAGUAAUGUAGAGUAAUGCAUAGUGAUGAGUAAUAUUUUGGCCUGGCUAGUAAUGUUGAGUAAUGUGUAGUGACGAGUAAUGUCUUGACCUGGCUAGUGAUGUCGAGUAAUAUGUAGUGACGAGUAAUGUGUUGACCUGGCUAGUGAUGUUGAGUAAUAUGUAGUGACGAGUAAUGUCUUGGCCUGGCUAGUAAUGUAAAGUAAUGUCUUGGCUUGGCUAGUAAUGUCAAGACUUUUGAGCCUUGUUUAAAUAUUUUGAUAACAUAGAAAAUGAAAAUCAAUUUAAACCCCUGUGCUUUUUUAUUUUUAGAAAGCAUCACUGGAAGGCACUGUGGCGGAUACAGAAGCACGAUACGGAGCACAGUUAUCGCAGAUACAAAGUGUAAUAGCCAGCAUAGAAGCACAGUUUUCCGACCUCAGAUCCGACAUGGAGAGACAGAACCAUGAAUACAAGAUGCUCAUGGACAUUAAGGCCCGGCUGGAGCAAGAAAUUGCCACCUAUCGACAGCUCCUGGAAGGACAUGAAAAGUAGUGAUUCCAACAUCUGCCCCAAGUUAAACCACAGGUAGAUCAUGAUGUAAUAAACCAGUGCACAUGUUACUGUCCUAGCCUACAUAAUGUAUUAGAUUAAUAAUAUCCCACCCCGAUCCUGUACGAUGCCAACAUGUGCAGAAUCAGAAUUUGAAACUGACCACAUCCACCACCCCCAUUUGCACAGAUUUUGUACUUCAUGUUGAGUUUUUACUGAGACAUGGGGAGGAAGAAAGAAUGGCAAAUUUAACGGUUUAAUGCUUAAACAAAAAAUGAAGACAUUCUGCAUUUUUUGAUAUAUGACAGGACUAAGACAAGACUUACUGUAUUGGUAGUAUUGCAAACACUGGGCUAACUCAUCUUAUCUUAAAGGGACACUAUAGUCACCAAAACAACUCUAGCCUAAAGCAGUUUUUCUGUAUAGAUCAUGCCUCUGAAGUUUCACUGAUACAAACCUGUGUGCAGUGUGCCUUCCCCUAAUUUAAUGGGUUCCUCCCCGCCUCCGAUCUUGAAAGGGUUGAAAUUUUUUUUAUUUUCAAGUCAUUCCGGCUCCGAGGCUCCUUCUGCACAGCUAGGUUUCCUCCCCCUGCGACGUCUCGGUGAUGGGCGUACCUAAUACACAUGCACAUUAAAGCUUACUAAUAGAAAAGCACUGAAUCAAUGCCUUCCUAUGGGGAACUUGAAGACGUUAAAUGUCCUCAAGCAAAGAGUGACAACUUUCAAUGUUGUUUGACGAGUAAACACGAGUAAAAAACAAGUAAAACUCGGUUAGGGAGCCAGAAACACCUCUUGUGGCAGUCUGGAACCCAGCCACUAGAGGUGGAGGUAACCCUACAAUGGAAUUUUUGUAGUUUGCCAAACACUGCAAUGUUUUACAUUGCAGAGUUAAGGGGACAGGGUCACUGCCCCCUGGCCAACUCAAUGAGAUGACGUGGUCUAGGUGCCUAUAGUGUCAUUUUAAAUGAUUUCUUAAAUGCUACACUCUAGUUGGGGAUUCUUAUACACUGACUAUAUCAUGGAACUGGUAUUUUGACCCUGGUAAACAUAUCAUACUGACUGAUAUAUUUUCUUUCCUACAGCUGUCAAAAAGUGAGACCUCUUGCAUGAAAAUUGGACUAGUGGGAAGAGGGACCUGCAAUAACAAUUACUUUGGAAAAGGAUUAUUAAAAUAAUCUGACAUUGGGACGUGUUAAUCUUUCUGUCGCCAAUGACGCCUGCAUUGCAUUAUGGGUCUUCAAGGCCCAUGUCUACGUUAGUUGCUGAUGCUUUGAAAGUUUGCUUGGGUAGUAUCAACUUGACUUUUGCUUCAACUGUCUAAUAAAACAUAUCUUUUGAGUCGUGCAUACAAACAGUCUUGUUUAUUGUCAUUAUUAAAAAGUGGCUUACAUGACAAAUAAAUUGCAAUAAAAAUUAAUUCCUUCAAGAGGACGAGACCGGAAAAUCAGC